CCAAUCAUUACCGAGCUGUACUUUUUUUUCCGUUGUUGUCCGUUUGCUCUGAACUUAAACGGCGAUCGAAUUUUCACGGCGAGAUAUGACGACGGCGAUCGGCUAUGCUUUACUCACGACAUUCACUGUGCUGUUGUCGUAUACGAGCUUGUCCCAUGGAUUACUACAGCCUCGUAGGAUAUCUCAUGGUUUGUCCGCAAGCGGCAAGUACUUGACGAGAGAUGAGCUCUGGUUCAAUCAAACCCUCGACCACUUCUCUCCCUAUGACCAUCGCAAAUUCGGACAGAGAUACUAUGAAUAUCUAGACCAUUUACGAGUUUCGGAUGGACCUAUCUUUCUGAUGAUCUGCGGUGAAGGUCCUUGCAAUGGGAUCCCAAAUGACUACUUAAGUGUGUUGGCGAAGAAGUUUGAAGCAGGCGUUGUUUCACUUGAGCAUCGUUACUACGGAAAGAGCUCACCUUUUAACUCAUUAGCCACUGAGAAUCUUAAGUAUCUUUCUUCUAAACAGGCUCUUUCCGAUUUAGCUGCUUUCCGUGAAUAUUACCAGGACUCUUUGAAUGUUAAGCUAAAUAGAAGUGGCAAAGUUGAUAAUCCUUGGUUCUUCUUCGGGGCGUCUUACUCUGGAGCAUUGAGUGCUUGGUUCCGCCUAAAAUUCCCUCAUCUAACAUGUGGAAGCCUCGCUAGCUCCGCAGUUGUUCGUGCUGUCUACGAAUACUUUGAAUAUGAUCAACAGAUAGGUGAGUCAGUUGGACCGGAAUGCAAACCUGUAUUACAGGAGAUUAACAAACUCGUGGAGCUAGGGCUUAAAGUAAACAAUAAGGCUAUGAAAGCUCUCUUCAAUGCCACCGAGCUUGAUGUUGAUGCUGAUUUCUUGUACUUGAUAGCGGAUGCACAAGUUGUUGCAGUUCAAUAUGGAAAUCCAGAUAAACUAUGUGUCCCUCUCGUUGAAGCUAAAAAGAACGGCAGUGAUUUAGUGGAAGCAUAUGCUAAGUAUGUUAGGGAGUACUGUGUAGAAGUUUUUGGGUUAAGCUCUAAAACAUAUAGCAGGAAACAUCUGCUAGACACUAGGAUCACCCCAGAGAGUGCAGAUCGGCUUUGGUGGUUCCAAACUUGCACUGAAGUUGCGUACUUCCAGGUGGCUCCUGCGAACGAUAGCAUCCGCUCUCACCAAAUCAAUACAGAGUAUCAUUUGGACCUGUGCAAGAGUCUGUUUGGGAAAGGUGUUUACCCUGAAGUGGAUGCAACGAACCUGUACUAUGGUGGUGAUAAAAUUGCAGCUACUAAAAUCGUAUUCACUAAUGGGUCACAAGAUCCAUGGCGUCAUGCGUCCAAACAGACCUCAUCUCCUGACUUGCCUUCUUACAUUGUGAAUUGUCACAACUGUGGUCAUGGAAGUGACCUUCGUGGAUGUCCUCAGUCUCCAAUGAUCAUUGAAGGUGAUUCCAAGAACUGCAGUUCACCAGAUGCGGUGAACAAAGUGAGGCAACAUAUAAUAGAACACAUCGACUUGUGGCUCUCUGAGUGUCGUGGAGUGCUUAGGAGUUCCAUGUAGAGUCACACACCUCACACGCUCACGUUUCUGUUCAAAUAAAACAUCAUAUGGAUGUUCCAAACUUGUAAUCUAUGUAACUUUAACCUCCUUACUAUGUACGUUUUGAACCUUUUUUAUAUGAAACUUCUGCUGUAGUUUCAUGCA